AUUCUUUUGGUUACAAAUGUAUUUCUUAAAUCCAUUUAUUGAUUAAUAUACAUACCAAUAAUGUCGAUUACAAAAAACAAAAAAAGAUAUUUCUUCUUGAUUUCUUCAAUAGUUACUAACUGUAUAAAGUCUUAAACUUUAUUGCUUUUGUUUCCUGUAAUGAAAUCAUAAUUUUUAUAAUUAUAAUUUCACAAGAAAUUUGCACAUUGUUUGCCUUCUUUCUCUCUUCAUUGCAUAUUUUAUGAGUGAUUCUUUCUCUUCAAAGAAACUUAACUCACAAUUUCUCUCUUCUUUUUCUUUGCUGUUAGUUGUUAUGGCUGAAAAAAGAGUUAAGACGACAUUGAUGAUGAUGGGUGAGGAGGAAGACAGACUUUCGAAACUACCUGAUUCACUCAUCAUUCAUAUUCUCUCAUUUCUUUCAACUAAGGAUGCCGUUUCGACUUGCCUAGUUUCAGAUCGUUGGAAGCUCAUGUGGUAUUCUGUCCCCAAACUCUCUUUUUCUGAUUUUGAUUGGCCAAAUAAUCCGAAAAAGCUUUACAGUUAUGUUAAUAAUUAUUUGGAACACCGCAAGAGAGGCAUGAAUUUUAUCCGCGAUUCAGCCAUAACUAGUUUUAGGCUUCACAUUCAUUAUUUGGAACACCGCAAGAGAGGCAUGAAUUUAUCCAAGGUUUCCCACUUGGAUAAAUGGUUAGCUUUCAUAGCUGAGAUGAAAGUCAAGGAAAUAGAUCUUUGCGUGAACAGAACAGUGAUUAACAAUAUUGGUUUUCACUACUAUUCCUUGCCUAAAACACUAGCAGUCAACUUAAGAUAUUUGACUAUAUUGAACUUGACUUCGGUGGAGUUGGAUUCUAGUUACUCGUUUAGCUUUCCAUCUUUGAAAACAUUAUCAUUGACUUAUGUUAGGCUUGGAGAUAAUGUAGUAGAGAAGAUAUUGAUGGGUUCCUCUUCCCUUGAGAGGUUGCGGUUGCAUUUUUGUUAUUUGUCUAGUGAUCCUCAGCUCCGCAUCAAAAUACAACAUAGUUUAAGCCUCAAGUUUUUGGAUAUUAUACUCCGUAAGGAUUUGGUGGAGCAAAUCGAUCUCAUAAAUCUUGAAUCUUUGUUCCUAACAGGUGUUUCCUUUGAAAAGAUAAAAGUCUCUGCAUGCAAGGCAAUUAGAAUUCUCAAGUUAGUAAUAAAUCUUGAAUCAUCAUUUGAACAUUUCAUUUCUAAUCUUCCUCUUCUUGAAGAAUUCACUUUUACCAAGAGGCGUAAAUGUAAGUUAAAGCACAUUAAAAUCUCGAAUCAACACUUGGAAAAGCUCUUUGUACAUAACCCUUAUAAUGAAGAAUUGAAUGUUAUACUUAAAUCAACUCCGAAAUUAACGACAGUUGUUUAUACUGGUUGCAUCAAAUUGAGUGUGUCAAUGGAGUCUUCCAAUUUGUUGUUUGGAACAUUUGUGAUUCUUGUGGCGCAAGAGAACUAUGACACCGAUUGGUUUGUCAAUUUCAUGAAUUUUCUUUUGAAUCUCAAGUGUUCUUGGAGAAGCAUAGAUAUUCAUGUUAAAUCAGAUAAGGCUCUUUUCUUUCCAGAGAAGUUGAAAAGGGUAUGUCGUUCACCUUUGGUUGACUGGAAAAAUCUUACAUUUUUUACUGAGUAUGAACCGGAGAGGGAAUCAAACUUAAAAGAUGCUCUGCAAUGGAUUUCUCCUACAUUAUCUUUGAAGAAAGGGCGUCAUUAUUACCAACAUGCUUUUAAAGUUUUUGAAAAGUAUAAAGAUGAGUUCUUGUGAUUAUAUUAUAUCUUCAAUGUCUUGUUACUUGGCUGACUAAAAAUUCAAGAUUAUAUUCAGUAGCCUCAUUAGGAAAGGUGAUGAAAAAUUAGUUUGUCAAAUGCUGGACAUUUCUUAGCUGUAUAAUAUAAGAUUCUAAAGUGACUUUCUGCUAU